CAGUGUUCAGGCGAGUGAUGGCGCUGUGCUCUCGACAGUUUACCUGAGCCGCUCGUGCUUUGCGCAGUAGGGCGCAUGAUAGAUGCUUUCCCUACAGGGAGUAUCGUGGUUCCUUUGCUGCUGCUUGGAAGAUGGAACUUUGCUCUUUUCCUCCUCGAGAUGUUCAGUCGACUGUCCGCUCUAACCGAUUAACCUCGCAGCCGGAGUACUCUGUAAACACUUUCUGUGUGUCAUCCGUUGGACUUAGCGGCGCUGCUCUUUUUUGUUCAGCGCCCACUAUUCACGCAUUCAAGAAGUCUUUGGAAUCACAGCGACACAUAACGCACAUCAGCACGACUCUUGGCUCGGGGGGGAAACUAUGUUUACGCGCAGCUGAUGGACCGCACGGUUUAUUACUCUCCGCUCUGAAAUGAUGGCUUUUAAUAGCGACGGCAUGACCGUGGUUAGAAGAUGCCUCCUGACGUUCAAGCCCUUCAGGAUUUUCGUAGUAGGGCUCGGCUUCUUCAGUCUCUGCUUCCUAAUGACCUCUCUGGGGGGCCAGUUCUCAGCCAAACGGCUUGGAGACUCUCCCUUCACUAUUCGAACCGAAGUCCUGGGAGGGCCAGAGUCUCGUGGAGUCCUCAGAAAAAUCAGUGACAUGUUGGAGAUUAUUUUGAAGAGAAUUGACACUCUAGCAAAACUCAGCAACAGCAGCAAAAGCCACAGCCUGGAGGAGCUCAGCUCUACUCUGGAGAGGUUUCAGCCGAUGGGACUUGUGGAACGGAUUCAGGCCAUUGCCCAGAAUGUGUCUGAAAUGGCUGUGCGUGUGGAGCAGAUCCUGCAGAAGAGUAAAAAUGGUGCCACAGGGAGAGAUGGAACAGCAGGGCAGUGUGAAAUCCCAAAAGAUCCUGGUUACCCAGACUGUGCAAGUAAAGUUGAUUGGAUGAGGGCCAGAUGGACAUCAGACCCCUGUUACUCCUUCUACGGAGUUGAUGGCUCUGACUGCUCCUUUCUCAUCUACCUGAGUGAGGUGGAGUGGUUCUGUCCUUUGCUUGCCUGGAGGAAUCAGAGCAUACCAUCCUACAAUCCUAUCAUCAGCAACACACCUAAGACACAUGCAAUUGUUCGUGCUGAUAUGGGUCGUCUUCUAGAGCAGAUCGGAUCAGGAAAAGAGUCUCUUAGCUUUAUGAGGAGGCGGAUACGUAGGCUGGCAGUGCAGUGGGCUGCAGCUGCUCGCAGACUAGAUGAGCGUCUGAGCAGCCAGCAGAGGCAACAGAAGAAGGUGCUGGUACAUGUGGGCUUUCUUACAGAGGAGUCUGGAGAUGUGUUCAGUCCUAAGGUGUUAAAAGGAGGGCCGUUGGGUGAGAUGGUGCAAUGGGCUGAUAUCCUCAGUGCACUUCAUGUACUUGGCCAUGACCUCAAGAUCUCACUGUCAGUCAAAGACCUGCAAGGGUUUCUUGGCGUUCCCCCAGGAAGAGGAAGUUGCCCAUUGCGAGGACCUUUACCCUUUGACCUCAUCUAUACUGACUAUCAUGGACUGCAGCAGAUGAAGCAGCACAUUGGCCUCUCCCUUAAAAAGCACAAAUGUCAUAUCCGGGUGAUUGACUCAUUUGGUACCGAGCCAGCAUAUAAUCAUGAGGAGUAUGCCACCCUGCAUGGCUACAGAACCAACUGGGGCUACUGGAACCUUAAUUGCAGACAGUACAUGACCAUGUUCCCACACACUCCUGACAACUCCUUCAUGGGCUUUGUUGCUGAAGAACUAAACCACACCGAGAGGCUUAACAUUCAGAGAGAGAAAGUCAACAAUAUGGCAGUGAUCUAUGGCAAAGAGGCCAGUAUGUGGAAGUGUGAGGGGAAAGACAAGUUUCUCACCAUCCUGCACCGCUACAUGGCCAUUCAUGGAACAGUUUAUUAUGAAGCCCAGCGACCUCCAGAAAUUCCGGCCUUUGUCAGAAACCAUGGUUUAUUGCCUCAACAUGAGCUUCAGCAGCUUCUAAGGAGAGCCAAGCUUUUUGUAGGAUUUGGAUUUCCUUAUGAAGGUCCCGCUCCUCUGGAGGCCAUAGCCAAUGGCUGCAUUUUCCUUCAGCCCAAAUUCCAUCCACCCCGUAGCUCUUUCAACAACGAAUUCUUCAGAGGGAAACCCAUGUCCAGAGAGGUCUCUUCUCAACACCCGUAUACUGAGCAGUACAUUGGCAGACCACACGUCAUUACUGUGGACUAUAACAACUCAGAGGAAGUUGAAGCAACCAUUAAGGAAAUCCUAAACACUAAGGUAGAGCCCUUCUUAGCUUAUGAAUACACAUCUGAAGGAAUGCUAGAAAGACUAAAUUCUUAUAUCCAGCAUCAGGAUUUCUGUCACAUCAGUCCCCCCUUUCCAUCAUCCAAUGAGUCCAAACUGUGGCCAGGGAAUCCACCAAACCCUUUCAUCCUCUUGCCCAACUCCACAGGUGUGGUAUGGGCCUCAAAUGUCAGUGCUCCAGCAUCUUGGCCCCCUCUCAGUGCUCUGAGGCUUGUCCUCAGUCCUAAAGCAACAUCAUGUGUAAAGACGUGCCAGGAUGCUGGUCUCAUCUGUGAGCCUGCCUUCUUUCCUUUCAUUAACAAUAUGGAGGCCUUUAUUGGGCUUGAUGUUCAGUGUGAGGCUUUGGAAAUGGAGAUGAACCAUUUAUUUCCGGCUGUGGCUGCCAAGGGGAGAGAGUGUUUCCUGCAGAAGGAAGUGCUCUUGUUCAGCUGUGCUGGGAUCAGCACCAAACACCGACGCCUUUGUCCCUGUAGAGACUUUAUGCAGGGACAGGUGGCGCUGUGCAAGGAUUGCCUGUGAGGUCUAUGUUAACUAAAAUCAGAUCCGGGGCCAGAUGAGGUGAUAGCCUCUAAUACACAUUAAGCCCUGAUGAACUAACCCACUCAUGCCUGAAUACAAUGGAUCCCUCAAGAAAUGAAAGGUAAAGAAGCAUAUCAGUGCUGAGAUUGGAUGAAACAAACAAUGUCUACAGUUUUUAGACUGCCUGAGCCAGCUUCAGGAUCUGAACUGCUUAAGAGAGUAUAUGUUUUUUUUGUUUUUUUUUUUUUAUGAAGAUGGCCAAAGCAGCUAUUUUUCAACAAAUAUACUUUGAAUAUUGUUAUAUCCAAAUGAAAACAAAGCACUGAAACAACUUAUAAUGCUGAUUUUUAUAAACAAAUGUGGCAUAUUGUAUGUGUGUACUGUUUAGUGGUAUUCUAAUAAGUUUUGUUUUUGUUUAUUUUUGUUUAUGUGGGACUCAUUUAUUAAUAUAUAUUGAUAUAAGUUGUUUGUCAAUGUUGAAACAAUUAGGCAAGCCAAACUGAGCAUAAAUCUUACCCUAAUUAGGCAUAUGCAUGGAACAACCUUUCUGCAUUUGGUGACACCCACAAAAAAAAAAUAAAAAAUAGCAAAGCUGCAGCAGCUGAAAUGGUGAGUAAAUGGCAAAAAGAGGCUUUCUCAGAGGGAAAAGUAAAGAAUAAAGACUCACUUCUAUACCAAUAUAUUUUUUAAAACCCUGUAACAGCACGGACAAAAUGAAGACAAAUUACAGAAAAGGUGAAUUAAGUCAGGUGGAAAGAUAAUGGCAUGAUAUGAUCAAGCACAUGACGCAGAGAAGCUAUUUUUAAAUUGUUUUGAACUGGCUCUGCUGACGUGCUGAACUCUUUUACAGUAUGAAAACAUGAUACUUUGGCAAAUGAAAUGAUUUUAUGAGGCAGCAUUUGUCCGAUCAAGCUGGUCUUUAAAUAUCCUUACCCUCAUCCUUGAGGGAGUUGAUUGAAGCAUUAAUUUACAGCUUAUAGCUGCAUUUAUGAUGCAGUUGUAUUUGCCUCAGUUUAUGUAUUUGUGUCAGUCUGGCAUUUCAAAAUAUAUUUUUUUAGAUUUUUUGUUAUUAAUGGCAGUAAUAUAAAAUGAGUCAAUUAAAUUAACUUAUAAUUCUCAAUGGUGUUCUCAAUCCCUGAUGUAAUUAACUAGUAUGUUUUUAAUUUUGAAUGACACUACAAAGAACUCAUAUAAGUUGCUUUAGAUGAGGGUGGUCUGCAAAUGUUGCACUGUUCAUGCAUACAAAUAAGCUAUUUUCAUUUCACAGUAUAAUCCAUAUCUAAGUACAGAUAUCAUGUAAAUGAUAUGUGAUAUGUGAUCUUAGG